GCCCAUAGUUAUAACAUCCCCAUUAGUCACCGUUUUGAUCCCAUUCUUUUUCCACUUCAUGUUGGGGUAAGCUCGGGGCUUAUUAGCAGAGCAGCUCUCACGAUGGAACUCAGCUCCGUAGACACGCCGCAGCCGCCCGAAGUCACCAUCUUUGAAGAUGUUGGCACCGAUAUAUUGCGACCGCAAGAGGUGGUCGACUUAGGAGCAUUUUUGAGUUCAUCUCAACGCUCCUCUACCCAGGUCAUCUUUGCUCAACAUGAAUUGCUGGAGGAAUACGACUCCCAUCUCAGCCUUCCUCCUGAUUUCCGGAACACUUUCGGAGCGGACCUGAACUCCUCGUUUCACACUGAAUAUGGCUUUACCGGACACGCAAUCACCCACCAUGUCUCAUGGUCCUUGUUCAAAAUCAAAAUAGUCGAGCAACCGGGCGAAUAUCACUGGAUUCAGGCAUCCGUCUUCAUCAAUUGGGAUCUGCAAGCUAAUCAACAAAGAAUUGUCUUCGUUGAUGUCCCUGAUAAUGAACGCAAGCAGCUUGAACAGAACUUUCCCACCCGGGAUAUGAGAGAUCGAAACCCGUACAUCUGGCAUGCGGUAUUCGGGCACAUCAUGGCGAGUUUAUAUAACCGGUCUUUUUGGAAACAACGAAAUGUCAUCCGGGAAACAGAAAAGAUCCGAAAUGCUUCCAGCGAGAACCUGCCCAAGUUCCUCAAAAACCUCAACGAUAGCGCCCGCCAUGCUGUGCAUCUGAACGAGACCAUGGAGGUAGCGGAGCAUACCAUGAACAGGUUACUUAUCGAGCAUUCACACUGGAGAGAUGAGUUUCCGGAAUACGUGCUGGGACAGAAUAAUGUCGUCCGCGGCACGUAUUUCCAGACGAGGCAGAAAUUGGCCUUCGUCGCGAAAGAAAUCCAUUCGGCUAGAACUAGGUCAAGGACUCUAACUGAUCGAUUAGCUAGCGAGAUUCAACUUGCAAAUACCCUCGUCUCCCAUGAAAUGAGUCGUAACACCCGCUACGACAGCAUGGUCAUGAAAACCCUCAGCUUCAUGGGUAUGAUUUAUCUGCCGGGGACAUUCGUUUCCGGCAUCUUCGGGUCCAACUUUUUUGACUUCCAAUCAGGCGCAAAAGAAUCGUGGGAGAUGUCCCACGAGUUCUGGCUCUAUUGGGCCGUGACGAUUCCGCUGACGCUGGCGACCUUUGUGGUCUGGGCGUUGUGGCAUUAUCGGGCGCAGUUGGGGUUCUUGGGGAGGGGACGUAUAAGGGAUGCUAGUGAGCAGGUUUGAUUGGGUUGAUUGGAUUUUUGGAUAUUGGAUUUUGUGGAUAUCGGGUAUUGGGUAUAGAGUAUAGUAUUAUUGAUGAUGUUAUGAGUUAUGAUUUUUCGCUUCUACACGUCUUUCGGUGUUUUAUAUUUUUUUUGUCUGGAUAUAACAUGUGUUUUUUCUUU